AUGGCUGCGUCUAAUCCCUGGCUGUACGCCGGUCCAGCCUCGUCAUUCYCCAACAUCGAACCCACCGACGCCAAUACCAAGUCCAAAAAGACCAAGAUCGCCAGCUCGGCGGCCAGUGAUGCAGACAUCCUACCACCCUGCAAGGUCCUCCAACUUUCGACUGAGCCAAGUACUCAACCGCAGAUCUUCACGCCCAAAGAAGCUCAGAAUCAUGCAGGCGCCCUCGAUUCACAAUUGUUGAUUUUCCGCUAUCGAGACAAGAUGCACGCAAUGAACCACUCCUGUCCGCACCAGUCGUACCCGCUCUCCCAUGGCAGCUUAUACGACAUUGAAGAUUUUGGCAUUGUGCUCAGUGCUGGCAUAGCGUGUCCGAAACAUGGCUGGACAUUUGACCUGUUCACGGGACAAAGUGAUCGAGGUGGGUACAAAUUAGGGCUGUGGGAGGUUGAAGUGAGGAAUGGCGAUGUGGAUGGAGAUGAGCAUGUAUGGGUGAGGAGAAGAGAGAAGAGGCGGUUUGGGUGA